CAUUGUCCCUUUAAAACUGUAACUGUGGAUGGAAAAAAUCAUAGGAACAAUCGCAGCCGUCGACUUCGAGAAAUUGUCGUCUGAGCUAUAUGGUUAUUUGGCUUCUAAAGAUCAAAAUUUUCAUCCAGCCAAACACCUUUGAGUCUAGAAAAUUUUCACAAUAACUACAGUUUUAUCCAUCUCGGAAACAAGGUGAUUGCGGAUAAAAGGAAAGAAGAAAAGAAAAUUAAAUUUUGCCGGAAAGGAAAAUAAGGGAAAAAAAAAAACACUUUGACAAUUGUGUUUGGUUGGUGAGAUUCAUUCCUUUUUUUCAUCCUUUUGUUUCCUUUUUUUGGGUUUUUUAGCACUUUGUGAUAUCCAUCUCUCUCCCUCUUUAAGCGGAUUCAAAAGAUUGAAGCGUUUAGUGCUAAUCUUAAUUCCGAGAUCGUUGCUAAGCUGGGCUUUAAGAAAUUCUUUAAAUUCUACAAUGUGGAUGUUUCUUGGAGGUUUUGAUAUCUAAAAUCGAUGUGGAGAUCUGUUUGGAUGAAGCGGCGAUGAUGAGGAGUGAACGUGACAAAUGGAGGUUAGAUCUGACGGUGUACAAGUGAGGUGUGAGAAGUUUGGGUCAGGGGGUCAUCCAGUGAUCGCUAGAACGCGCCUGCAGGUUUGGUUUAUAAGGGUUUGCUCGAGUAUUUUGCUAUGGACUGGUUUGGUUCAACUCGUGGCCGUUGGGGAGCUAUGGCAUCCGCGCUUUUUCACCAAUAUUACACAUAAAAUCACCCAGAUCACGCCGUUUCCUCUUGGAGUUCAAGUUCAUGCUCAACCACCUCCUCCGCCACUUCUUCCUGCAAGAAACUAUAUAAGUAAUGGUUAUCUGAAAGUGUCCUGCAAUGGGGGCUUGAAUCAAAUGCGUGCUGCGAUCUGCGACAUGGUGGCUGUUGCUCGGCUUUUGAAUCUCACUUUGGUUGUUCCUGAACUUGACAAGACGUCUUUCUGGGCUGACCCUAGCAACUUUGAAGACAUCUUUAAUGUGAAACAUUUCAUCGAUUCAUUAAGAGAUGAAGUUCGAAUUGUAAGAAGGGUGCCAAAAAGAUUUCAUAGGAAAUAUGGAUACAAAGUAUUCAAGAUGCCCCCAGUUAGUUGGUCAAAUGAAAAAUAUUACCUACAACAGAUUUUACCACUAUUUGGCAAGUUUAAGGUGUUGCACUUCAACAAAACUGAUGCACGCUUGGCAAACAAUGGGAUCUCACUCAAUCUUCAGAAACUCAGAUGCCGUGUUAAUUUUGAGGCACUGAAAUUCACUCCGCAGAUUGAAAGUUUGGGUUACAAAUUGGUUCGCAUUCUUCAGGAUAGGGGGCCUUUUGUGGCCUUGCAUCUUAGAUAUGAGAUGGACAUGUUGGCUUUCUCAGGUUGUACUCAUGGUUGCACUAAGGAUGAAGCUGAUGAGCUCAAGUCGUUAAGGUAUGCAUACCCUUGGUGGAGGGAGAAAGAGAUAGUGUCUGAAGAGAGGAGACUACAAGGUUUGUGUCCUUUGACACCUGAAGAGACGGCAUUGAUUUUGCAGGCAUUGGGUUUUGACAAGGAAACACAGAUAUAUAUUGCAGCUGGUGAGAUAUAUGGCAGUGAUCGGAGACUUGCAGCACUAAGGGCUGCAUUUCCACGGAUUGUGAGAAAGGAAAUGCUGUUAGAUCCAGUGGAGCUGCAACAAUUCCAGAAUCAUUCUUCUCAGAUGGCUGCUCUGGAUUUCAUGGUCUCAAUAGCCAGUAAUACUUUCAUACCCACUUAUGAUGGAAACAUGGCAAAAGUUGUGGAAGGUCACCGCCGGUAUCUUGGGUUCAAAAAGACAAUCCUGCUGGAUCGAAAAAGACUUGUCGAGUUACUGGAUUUGCAUCAAAAUGGGACACUUACUUGGAACGAGUUUGCAGUUGCUGUUCAAGCAGCACAUGAGAAAAGGAUGGGACAGCCAAUGCGCCGUAGGGUUAUAGCAGAUAAGCCAAAGGAGGAAGAUUAUUUUUAUGCAAACCCUCAAGAGUGUCUUUGCGAGGGAACAAAUUGUGAUGAUUUGCUAGGCCCUAGUAACUCAAGUACAGUACAGUGACCAUAGAAUUCCAAGCAAAACUUGAAUGUCUUACUUGUUGUUCAAGCUGUGAUGCACAGACUGACUUCCAUGACUGAAAGCUUCAGAGGACGAAUGUAUACACCCCUUAAGAGCAUUGUAAGCAACAGAAGAAAAGAAACCUGGUGGGUCCAUUUGAGGCAGUCAAAGGUCAUGUUCUUUUUUUUUUUGGGUUGAUAUAUUUAUUUGAUUUAUUCUACUACCAAAAGUUUGUUUAAUGAUUUUAUAUAGUCCCCCAUUUAGAGAACACAUCUGUAGCAUUCCUAUUCUUUAAUUCAUAAGUUACCUGAUGAAAUAUUUUAUA